UCCCAAAGAAUGCGACUUGAAUGAAUUUCGUGACACUGAAAUGAGCUCGGCUUAUUGGCUGCUACAUCGAGGAAAAAUGCCAGUCUCAGAGCAGAUGCACUUACCAUAAUCAUUCUGUUGGCCAGCUCUUGUUUUUGCUCUUAUUUUAGCUUCUAUAAAAGCCUACUCUACAAUACUUGUUAUGGGUAGUGUCAUAGCAAAAUUGUCGGGAAAAACGUUAGAGUUCUCUAAGGAAUCAACAUGGCUCUGAUUGCAGGAUGUAUCGUGCUAUCCCUCCUAGCGAUCUCUGACUGCUCAGUAGUCCCUAUUGACCACUCCUCAUCGUCAGUGAGCGUCAAGAACUCCGGUAAAGACUACUCAUAUACAAUCCAAGAAACCCAUGGAGUAGGAGCUGACCCAGGGAACCUUGUAGAGCAGUCCUCGGUCCACGUGGUGGCCAAGUCUGGACAUCCUGCUGGAGAUGCUGCCCAUCAAGUACAAAACCAUUUGGAGCAUCAUCAUCAGGCAGAACACGCUAUUGGACAAACAGCAGGAUGGAUUCAGGGACAUAUUAAUCAUGAUCAUAAUGAUCAUCAUCAACCUGAUCACCAUGAUCAAGAUCAUCAUCAUGGGCAUGGACGAAGUGCGAUAGAUAACCUCAUUGCCCUCCUGCCUCAAGAACAUCAGCAACAACAUCAUGACCAAGGGCAUAUCGGUCUAAGUAUUCAAGGUCAUGCCCUUGAUCCUCACGCCCAAGGUCAAUUCAGAACUGGACAUCCGGUGGACCCUUCUCAAGGUCACAUACAAGGUCAAUUCAAGAUUGGACUUCCUGCAAAUUCUCCCCAAGUACAAUUCAAAGUUGAGCAUUCGGCUGACCCCUCUCAAGGUCAAAUUAAGUCAGUGCAUUCUGUAGAUCCUUCCCAAGGGCAUGUUCAAGGACAACUCAGGACUGGAUUUCCUGUAGAUCCAUCGUUAGCUCAAGUUAGAGGUGUUCCAGUUGGUAACCCUGCAAUUGUGGCUUUGCCAGCUCAUGUGGUUCAACAGGACCAUGUCGAGGGUCCAGUUGGGGUCAGUCAAGUGGUUCCAGUUUUCUCAGCGUCAGGAGCAGUCCAAAAUGACCAAGAAGUGAACCCGGCAAUUCCCCAGCAUGAACCGAACCGCGUUGAAGUGAGGUCUUUUCAAGGCAGUGUUCCAGCUCCAAAUGAAUUCAGGGCUUUCCAAGGUGACGCUCAAGCUCAGUUCGGUGUGAAUGGCUUCUUCCCAGUUUACCAACAAGACCAAGGACAUGUCAAAGGGUUCAUUGUAGAUAGGAACUCGGUGCAAGGGAUUGUCAGUCGGUUUGCAGGGGUGCCAAGUCAAGAGGGUGGUGUGAAAGGAUUCUUUGUUGAUAAGAACCAAGAGCAAGGGAUUGUCAGUAGAUUCCCAGGUAUUCCCACUCAAGAAAAUGACGUGAGGAGAUACGUCGUAGACAAAAGCCAAGUACAGAAUGUGUUCAGCAGAUUUGGACCCGUUCCGAAUCAAGACAAUGAUGUUAGGGGCAUCUUCGUAGACAAAAAUCAACUACAGGGUAUUAUUAACAGAUUUGGAGGAAUACCGAGUCAAGUCCAGGACAUUGUUAGUAAAUUCGGAGGUAUCCCUAGUCAAGAAAACGAUAUGAAGAGAUUCUUCGUAGAUAAAAAUCAAGUGCAGGAUAUUUCGGGCAGGUACGGUGCUCAAUAUCAGGACAGCAAUUUGAAAACUUCCGGAUUUGAAGCAUACCGAAUAGUGCCUUCCAAAGAUGUGCCAGUUUCACAGUUUACUAGCGGUAGCGGAGUACGGUAUCCAUACGCAGUUCUGUAUCCUGUUUACAGAUACAUUUAGGAGGUAUUGUGGCAUUUCGGAACAAAUUGAUGGGACACAACAAAACAAUAAUAAAAACUUAUAAAAAAUCAA